UGAUCAGCUGUGUCCAAUCACAGCGGAUCGCAUGUAAAUAAGGAAAUGCUGUUUGGCACUGGCAGGUCUCCUCACGAGCUGUCACACUGACAGCUCGGAACUGAUGGUCAGUGUGCCCUGAUGAUCAGUGUAGCCCUAUCAGUGCCACCUGUCAGUGUCCAUCAAUGUCAGCUGUCAGUGCUCAUCAAUGCUACAUAUCAGUGCCACUACUACCAGUGCACAUCAAUGCCACAUAUCAGUGCCCAUCUGAGCUGCCUUUCAGUGCCACCUAUCAAUGCCAGUCAGUGCCACCUAUCAGUGCCAGUCAGUGCUGCCUAUCAGUGCCGCCUAACAGUGCCAGUC